AUGCCCGAAGAUACCAGCUCCCGGCCGACACCCCGUCAGGCCCGCAGAACCGCGCGAUUGAGGCUCGCUUGCUCUCGGUGCCAGCGGCGGAAGAUCCGUUGCGACGGGCAAUUGCCUGCGUGCAACAAUUGCAAAAAGGCCGGAGUUGCUUGCACCGACGGCGAAAGCGUCCGUCUUCGGGAUCUUCCUAGAGCUCAAAUUUCGAACUUGAUCGAGAGAGUCAAGUGGCUUGAGAGCAUUGUAAAGGAAAGAUGUCCCGACGUCGACCUCAGUCAAGGUCCGUCUGGAGACUUUGACAUGGAACUUGAUGGUGAUGAAACCUUUGCAAGGGACUCAACGAUCAGAGUCAGCAGUGCAUCGCCCGAGGAUAGUCUGAACCUCACAGGGAGUCAGCCUCCACAAGCACAGCCGCGUCAACCCUCGGAGCCAGUGCAAGCCACUCAGGCUAUCCGUUCAGUCCCUCGUUUGGUCGAUCCUAUUGCCAGCAGUACACUAUCACACGAGAUCGGGAUGGUGUCAUUGGGUAGUAGCCAGGACCCGAAGUACAUCGGGCCCUCGAGCGGAUACUUCCUUGCCCGACUGAUGUUGACCUCGAGCCGACAGGAUGACCAAUCUUGGCCAAUCAGAACCGGAGUAUCAAACCCGUCCAUACCAACUGCUCUCGUUGAGGCCAUGCAUGGCCCAAUGUCACUGCCUAGCAGACAUCAUGCGAAGCAGCUAGCGGAUAACUACUUUGACGUUAUCAACUGCCAGUUCCCCGUUUUGCAUCAGCCUAGCUUUAUGGCUUUGAUGGAUCAAAUGUACGAUAACAGGGUCGACGUGGAAUCUACUCCGACAGCGACCUUCCAAGUUUUUAUGGUCCUCGCUCUGGGGUCCACGGUGCUCUCUCGUCGAGUGAGGGCACGUCUUCCCGGAGAGUCAUAUUGCCUGUCUGCGAUGCAUAGUUUCGAUCGGAUCAGCAUCGACAGCUCAAUUCCGGGGCUGCAAUGUCUUCUUUUACUCACGAUAUUCACAAUGCACAGUUCCAACAUGCGUCUCAACGUAUGGUAUCUGAACUAUCAGUGCAUCGCUGCUGUCCUUGACUUGGGCUUGCAGCGUGACAUCAACACUAACGCAGGUAUCUCUCUUCUUGAACAGGAAAUGAGGACUAGGAUAUUCUGGGUGGUUUUUACUUUGGACAGGAUGAUCGCAACUAUGAUGGGUCGCCCGAUUGGACUGCGAGACGAGGCAUGCGAUCUUCGGCUUCCACAGCAUCUAGAAGAUGCUUCCUUGCGAGGAUCUCUCCAGCCACCUGCCAAUCAACCCCCGGGUCACAUGGCCUUCUCUAUACAUCUGUUCCGUCUAGCAAAACUUAACUCGGAGUUCAAAUACGUUGCGAACAGCAUUGUCCGAGACACACCACGUUACGCCUACCCGGCGGUAAUUGACAUAAAUGAGUGGCAGCAAGGAAUGUUGGAACAGCUAGACGAGUGCCCCGCCAUCCCGAAUCCGUCGCCCGAGAUCCUCAAGAAAUGCUUCAAAGCCGCUCUUGAGGUCAUCCGCCUUUUUGAUCAGCUGUACAAGAAGAACUUACUCAUACAUACGUGGAAUACUUGUCACUCAGCAGUCCUCAGCAUCAUCACUAUGCUUUACUGUCUGAAGAUGGUGCCCGAGAUAGCAAAGCAGACGGCUUUGGAUGCCCUCAUGUCUGACUUCAGCGCCGGGUUAGGAGUCUUGGCCGCAACGGGCGAGCACUGGUCCGGAGCAAAACGUUGCCGCGAUAUCUUGGAUGACAUGAUCCGGGCAACCAUCCGAUGGGUCAAAGACAUUUCUAGUCAGACCAUCGAUGUGGAGCCCCCUGCUCAACGUCGAUCUCUGCGACUAGAUCCCGCGCAUUCGCAUACAAUGAGCUCGUACAACGAGGGUGCCAGCCUCGUUGGGGCGGAACCUCACAGACUGAACUUCUCAGAAGGCUUUGUCCAACCACUGCCAUUGAGCUCUGCGACUGAAAGUGGUUCGGAAAGCUUCCUUCAUCAAGAUCCAUUCGAAUCGUUUCUCGCCAACACUGCGUUUGGCGACCCAAUGCACACCGGCGACAACGCGAAUCUGGAUAGCAUCAUGCGAGGCCUGUUUGAUGACUUUAUACCAACUUACCCGAGCUUCACCUGA